GCGCGGGGCUCUGCCCAGCAGGAGGCGCUCGCGUCUUCCUUUGUUGAAAUUGAUCUCCGCGCUUGAACAAUUAGAUCUGUGACUUGCCACUCACAGCCUACAUAGCGGACGCCAGGAAUCAUUAUGUUUACUGUCCUGUCUCCCUUUUUGACAGGCACACAUUUUAUUUUUUAAAUACAUGAAGCGCGCCGUGCUUUGUGAGCGCUGACUGAAUGUGCCUGUUUUCACACCCUCUCCUGACCCUGGGCUGGAACGUGGGCGAGUGCAGGAUGGUGGCCAGGGGCUUGGCUCUUGGUCAGUAUGUGCCUCAUCUAUCUCGUCUGUAAAAUGGACAGAUGAGGUAACACGUGUGCCUACCUCAGAGCAUUGUUGGAAGGAUUAGAGGAGUCAAGACAUGGAAGGCCCACAGAAUGGUUGGGGAGAAAAGCCAGCUUCUGGAGGUAGGGGAAAGGGUGGGGAGUGGCUGGGGAAGCAGGGCCCGUACCCUGGGUUUCUGCAUUGGGGUUACUCCUUUGCUGCUGGGAGUGAUAGCAGGGUGAUGAGAGCCACCUGGGCCUGCGCUCCUCCUGGUCAUGCUGUUGUCCUGGGUCCCAGGGUGCCUGGGAAAGGGCACACAGCUUUACUGAUGGGUGGCCAGUGGGGAGUGCCCCCAUCGGGCAUUCCACCAGUUGGCUCCGAUGGUCCUGGCCUCCCCAUGUUUAUCUGGCCCAGGGAAACCAAGGCUCAGAGAGGUAAACUUGCCCGAGGUCACACAGCUAGGAGGCGGAGCUGAGUCAUCACCCAGGUUUGUCUGCCCCAGGGCUGGAGCUCUGUUUUCAGGCCACCUGACUAGCUGAGGAGAUCGUCAGAAAGGCUGGGACACCAACAGAUGACGCACAAAUGGAGGAAUUUUCAGGCACGGUCAAAGCUAAUGGGAGGGAAAAUACUGAAGUUUAAUAUUCCAGAGUUCUCUCUUGUCUGCUCUGACUCCUGCCAGCUGCCCUGCACCUAGAGGGAUAGGAGGCUGUUCUCCGGGGCAUUGCAUGGCCGGGAGCCAAAUGAGCUGGCACCAGAACCUGGUGAGUUGCCUGGCUUUUCAGACCUCAGCCUCCUCACCUGUGAACUGGGUUGAACAGCUCUUCUCUGCAGAGGAGCUGUUGAGGGCAGUAUGGAACGAACACUGCCAGGCACACAGUUGGCCCUUGACAAAACCAUUGCUGUGUCCCCAGCCUGUUUCUCCCCAAGUCCCAUUGAUCGUUCUCUCUAUCCCUGUUUCCUCAGAAGGUCAGGUUUUCUAAGCCCGAAGGCUUGGAGCCAGGCAGGAGCUGUCUCCCUCUCCAGUGCUGCCGACUCAACCCUUUUCCCUUAGAAGCUGCAGGGAGGAAGGCUCCCCUUGGCUCCCUCCCUCUGCAGCCCUGGCUCUGCGCCCUGGGAAUGCUGCCUGGGGCAGGGCCACGUAGAGAGCAGGGCCAGUGCAGGCCUUUGGGUGUUCCCAGCGGCCAAAGUCCUUUAGUCUGCUUUCCUUUGGGCCCCCUUGCACCCCUGAAUGGAUGACCUGGGGGAUUCCAAGUCGGUUUGGGAGGGGUGACAGCACAAGGCUGGAGGUUGAGAGAGUCUGGCUGUCAUCCCAGCUUGGACUGCAGUCUGCUCUGUGACCUUUGGGCCAAAGAUAAAUCCUCCCUGGGCCACAGUCUCCCUGCUGGUCAGAUGAAAGAAUCAGAUGAGAUCAUUUCUGAGGAUCUUUCCAGGCUUCAUAUUCUUCUGUUUGAUUAUCCCCCCAAAUAAAUUGGAAAUUGGAGGCCCAAGGAUGAGCCCUGGUUGAGGACGCAGAGCCCAGGGGCCGUCCCAUCCUCCACACUUGGCCCAGCUGUGAGUGGGGGAAUGGGAUUUAGCACCUGAAGCCCCAGAUUUAAAUAUAUCCCCACUCCCCGCCGGGGUCCCCGCACUCCUGCACCUCCCUCCUCCCAGGACGGCCCUGACCUGCAGGCAUUGUUCCCCGCCCAUGCCCAAGCCCCAAGGGAAUUCCAUCGGGUUGGAGAGUCUUCCCUUCUGUAGGGGGCUUUGCUCCUCUCUACCAGUUAUGUGACCUUGGGCAAGUCACUUCACCUGCCUGACCCCAGCUCCCUAGGACUAGUUGAAGUAAUGGAUAUAAACACCCUUUGGGGACCAAAAGCCCCUAGAGAGAUGAGACCUGGCCCAGGCGGUAAGUCCUCAACAAAUGUAGAAUGGGAGGAUGCUGUAAACAAGCCAGCCAAAACCCACCAAAUCCCUUGGUGGAGGAUAAGGGACAUUUGAGACAGUUUUUAUACAGGUGUCUCGGGCCCCAGGAAGCCAGGGCAGAGAGUCUUUGCCAAACUUCCCCCUGCCUAACAAGAAGGAAACUGAGGCAGGACCCUGCCAGACCCAGAGGCAAACAGGCUGCCCUCCUGUGAACUUGUUGGGGGUCAUUUCCACAGGGGAAUAGUUCUAGAAGACCAGGGUGAGUCGGUAACAAUGGCAGAAUUCCAGUCAGAGGAAGAAGACUUUGGUGUAGCUGGGGCUGGAGCAUAGAGGAGCGACUUGGCUGCCGCCCUGGCCCUGUGUCAGAGGUGUUAGAACCAGAGCCACUCCAUCUUGAGUAGGGGCUGGGUAAAAUAGGGCUGAGACCUGCUGGGCUGCAUUCCCAGGAGGUUAGGCAUUUUUAGUCACAGGAUGCGAUGGGAGUCGGCAGGACUGGUAUCAAGAUACAGGUCAUAAAUACCCUGCUGAUAAACAGGAUGCGCUAAACAAGCCGGCCAAAACACACCAAAUCCAAGAUGGUGAUGAAAGUGACCUCUGGUCAUCCUCACUGCUCAUUAUACACUAAUUAUAAUGCAUUAGCAUGCUAAAAGACACUCCUACCAGCACCAUGACAAUUUACAAAUGCCAUGGCAAUGUCCAGAAAUUACCUUAUAUGGUCUAAAAGCGGGAGGAACUCUCAGUUCUGGGGAAAUCUCCUCCCCUUUCUUGUAAAACUGAUUAAUAAUCCACCCUUUGUUUAGCAUAUAAUCAAGAAAUAACCAUAAAAACAGCCAACCAGCAGCCCUCAGGGGUGGUCUGUCUAUGGAGUAGCCAUUCUUUUGUUUCUUUACUUCUCUAUAAACUUGCUUUGACUUCACUCUGUGGACUCACCUCAAAUUCUUUCUUGUGCGAGUCCAGGAACCCUCUCUUUGGGUCUGGAUUGGGACCCCUUUCCAGUACCAUUUUUUUCUGGUGAACCACAAAGGGACGAUACCAGAGAACACCCUCAACCCAAAGGAAAUAGACUACAGCCCCAGUUGGCUGACUUUGGGUAAGUGAGGGAUAUUUUAUUCUGCGUAGUGUAUGGAUUUGGGUUAGGUUCCCUCCUCAGAAAUAGGGGGUUAAAGGCCCCUCUUAGUGAAGGGCAAAGAUGCUUAUCACAUAUUGGGUUAGAGGCCCAACUGAAGAAGGUUGGAGUCCUUAGGGAGUUAGAGGUCCCCCUCGGUUAUGUCCCUUGGUACAGAGAAAUGGAUUAGGCAUUAUGGGAUGUUAACCACUAUUCUCUUUUCAUUAAUCUGCCUUGCACUGUUUGCUGACAGCUGUGAGUGCCAGGAUUAGGCACGUACAGGAUCAUGGGACAUGGGGAGCUUUCUUCUCCCCAAAGGGGGAAACUUUAGAGAUGAUGAGAUUGCUGGAAAAGAUACCUUUGCUACUGACAAGCGACCUCCUGAACUAUUGAUCCAGUGUCAAUGGAAUGGAGGCCUCUGGCCUCCCUGAGCUCCUCAGCUUCUCCACUCCCCGGCAGGCAAUGCUUUUCUUCCUCUCUCCUUUCUCUUUUCUAUCUUUUCUGUCACUCAGGGUGACUCUCCACUCUUCCAUCUUGCCCAGCUACCAUAUGUUGAAACUCCUGGUUGGAGGGCAUUCCACCUCACUUGGAGUGGAUCAAAGAUGACAAGGGCCAUCGGGAGCAAGUUUGAGCCUUGCCAGGUUGAUGUUGGGCACUGAGUGGGGUGGCUAGUGUCCUGGAAUGGAAAAUGUUAAUUUGGUUUCCCCAUGCAGCCUGUUGGACAGCAUCUUACAAAAUUAAGAGGCUUUUGCCUGUGGUUCCAUGAAAUGGAAAAAGACGAUUUUCUUUUGUAACGUGUCUUGGCCCCCAUAGCAAUGGCACAGUAAGCAGGGCCAUCAAAGCCACAGAGAGAAAGGGAACCCAGAAACCUGGCAUGCUGGCAAAGGGUAAGAAUUUCUUACCAGUCAGGCUUCUGGCCUCUCUUGGUGCAAACUGGUUGAAUAAAUGAUAAAAAUCACUGUUUGUCUCUCCUGCAAGGAAUUUGAUUAAUACGAAAAAGAAUUCAUGGGGGCUAGUCUUAAGCUUUAGAGAAUCUGGUGUACUUAGUGCUAUGAAUUUUUCUUUUUGUGUCAAUCUGUCAUAUAAAGAGGUACUGUAGGAUAGAAUGUGGGCCUAGGACCCAUAUAAGCCCAUUAUUCAAGUUGGCCCAGCAAACCCGUCAGUUACAAACUUGGCGGCAGGUCCCUGAAACAAAAACUAGAUGAGGUUUACUGUCUUGUCUUUUUUUUACGUCCUUGCAAGUUUAACCUUGUGACCGUGUGGGAGUACUUUCUCUUAGUCUCCACCAUCCAGACGACAGGAAGCUGGGGCUUCAUGUGAUAGCCCUAAAAAUUGUCCUGAGCAGUUAAAAGCCUUUGCACGCUUGAAAUUGGCUUCUCUAGGCUCCUUCCAGGAAGGAAAACAAAAACUGUCUAGUGCCGUGGCUCAGUAGCUAAGGCUUUGUCUUUUCACACUUGGGGACCCAGGUUCAAUUCCCACCUUAGGGAAUGAGUCCUUUGUGGUUUAAUAUCUAUGUGACCUUUGCCAUUGAUUCAUUCUCUUCUCCAUAAACAGCUUCUGACUUCUCGUUUGAAUUUUCCUUUCUCUGCACUACCCUUGGCGAUUCUAGAUCUCGUAAAAACUGCUUAUCACCUCUUUGAAAAUACCUUGUAUACCUGGGUUAAGUGCUAACCUUAGUUAAGGCUUACCGGUUUCACCUGGGAGGUUACUGUUGGUGAAGUUCAAAAGCCAGAAAUAUUGGCUGUUUGUCCCGGCUAGAGUCUGGUAACAAGAUUUGGUUAAAAGUCAGCUUAAUUAAAAAUGGAUAUCCAAGCUAUACAUAUAUUUAAAAGGCCUUUAUGCUUUUUUUUUCUCUUCUUGGCUCUUAUUUUUCUGAAAAAUUUUUUCUUUUCAGUCGAGUUAAUUUUUUUCCCCAUUUUGUCUUCUUGCCACUCUUGAUGCCCCACCUGAGAGGACCUAAGAUAAAUUUUAAUAGCCUAGGACUUCUCAGGAAAAAAGGAGGUGCUACAGACCCUGUUUUGGGAGAAAUCUCUGUUCUCCUCAUGGACACCCCCGGGAAUUGAAAGCAGAUAGACCACUCUCAAAAUCUAAGGCUCUGCUCUGUUUUGUAUUGUGUUAUCUGACAGUUUUGACUUUUGGGGAUAUCAGAAAUUACUUUGCAUUUUAAGAGAGCUUUUAGCCUUGCUAUGUAAUAACUAUGUGGGAAAUACACUUUUAGGGAUGGCUAAUGGCAGUUUUGUGGGGAUACUUGGCUCUUCGCACCUUUGGAUCAGAAAAGCAUGCUCUUGGCCACCUAGAAAGUAUGGAAGUGUCCCCACCCUCCAUUGAAAGAUAAGACUGCCAUGGGGGAUGGGCUGAUUCCCUCUCUUUGGGAUCCAGGAUCCAAUAUAAAAAUGAAACCCUUAAUUUUGGGGAUCUGUUUUGCCUUCCAGCUGUGCCUGCUUAUUAGCCCUUAGAAACUGCAGGCUUUCCUGGCCCUGUUUCUUGAAGGGCUCCACCCUGAAGUCAGUAAUCCAAUUAAGAAACUUAAAAAUUGGCAAAUGAAAAAUCUUACAACUACUGGAUCUUCUGUCUGUGUAUUUAUAUAUGUUGUGUGUGUGAUGUUGAUAUAUGAAAGAGCUCUGAUUAAUUGGCUUAAAAAUAAUAAGUACUUAAAUCAAAUAUUUUGUCAGAAAAAUAGAAACAUUAAUGCCUUUUGGUUCACAUGACUUUAAUAAUCUUUGGGAAAUAAAGACAGUUUUAAAGAUUAUCAGUAACAUUAAAAUAUCUUCAAACUUUAGACAUUUGGUCUAAAUUAGGCAGGUCAGAUUUUAGGUUUGCUAAAUGCCUCAAGGUCAUAAACUGCAUCAUUGACUUUUGAAAAUUGCCCAGCUUACUUGCUUUGGGGCCAUUAGAUUCUAGGUAAGGCCUGGGGACUUGUCGAGUUAGCCAUGCCCCCAGCUAUGCUGGAAAGAGUCAGACCUUAUCUGCACUUCCGCAGAUAAGGCUGUCCUAGGCUCCACACCUGGAAUAUAAGUAAAACUGCUUACUUACCAGGUUUUUCACCAAAAAAUAAAAGUUGCUAAGAGUUAACAUUGUAAUAUGUUAUAUGUAAUUGAGACCACUAGAGAAACAGUUUUGUAUGCAAGGUGUGUAAGGAAAAUUGAAUAUGCUUUUGGUAAGAAGAUUAUAAGAAAGCAUGGGAAUGUGGACUUUCCCCCUACUUUAGAGGGUUAAAGGAUUGUUUCAAGUUAGGUAGGAUAAAGCUGAAGGUUUGAGCAAGUUGUGGAAGGUUUGUGAAAGAUUAAUCUUGUAAAAGAAAUUCUGUGUGAACUUAUUGGCUUAAAUUAAAGGGAUAUUAUUCAGUUUUUCCAUAAAUUAAAUAUGGAAUAAAAGUAUAACAAGGUUUUCUUAGAGCACUGGUAUACUCUUUAACAAGAAAAUUGUAAAGAGCUAUAAAAGGUUUAUGAGACUCUUACCUCAUGGUCAAACAUUAAAAUUGGAUAGAGUUGUCUAUAAGGCUUUAUUAUGAAUUGGGUUUGACAUUAAUAGUACACAAAUGCAAAGGUAAAAUUUGGCUUUCUCUCUUGAACAAGUUUUUCAUGUAAUAUUGAAAAAUAACUAAAGAUUUUUGUUUGCCUUUUGAAUAAGCUAUAGAAAAAAGAAAGGAAUGAAAAGAGACAGUUUUUUUGGAAAGCUAAGUCUUCCCUUUAUCAGUGAGUAAAGGCUUUUGCCCUUAAAAACAUCUUUGAGUUACCUUUUGGCCAAAUAAAUGACUUAUGGUGACCUGGGAUGCUAUUUUGUAGUAUCAAAUGUUUUAAAUUUUUGAUAUUUGACAAACUUUCCAAAAUCAAAUUCUAAGUUAUGCCUUUUUCUAACCUGAUUAGUCCUUUAGAUAUUAGGUCCCCUAAAGUCCAAAAAUGACAUAUUUGGCUUAUUUGGUACAUUAAAAUAAUACAGGAAGCAUUGUCAAAUAUGAAAUUGUGUUUGGCUUUCUUUGGGCUGUGUUUAUAUAAAUAUGUUAUUGGUAUGUGUUCCAAAAUUAUGGGAAACUCCUAUAAUUCUGAUAUGAACAUUAUCAAUACUAAUGGACAUUAUCAAUAAUAAUUAUAAUUGUUAUGAUGUUAAUUUAUUAUGCGCCACAGAGGUAUCCAAAUUUCCUAGUCAAUGAUAUUAAUUCUUUAACCAUGGCUGCUCUAAGUCUUUCUGUCAUCCAUAGACAAUUGUUGUCUUGCUUUUAUUCUCUUCAAAAGGUGGUUUAUAAUCAGCUAUAGGACUCUGAUGAGUACUCUUAAAUGCAGAGAAAAAGAAAACAGCAUCCAAGACUCUUGGAAAACUAACACAUAUAUAUCAAGCAAAACAGGAAUUAAUUGCAUAGACUGAACUAAUAAAAGACUGAAAUAAUCUUUUAUGACUUUUUGCUUAAAAUGUUGUUGAUCUUUUUGUUUUGUUUUUCAGAGUCAAGAAACCCCCCCUUCUUGAGCUAUUUACAGCUUUUAACAAUUGAGUAAAGUGCGCUCCUAUAAGGAUUAUAAAACAAAGUUUUGUCCAAAAACAAAAUUUGGAAUAUAUUUUUUUCUCUUUACCUGAUUUCUGCAGAAUUUGGAAACUAUUUGACACAAUUGGAGAAACUGGUUAUUUAACAAGGGUUUGACUGGAGUGGCAUGCUUUCAAAUAUAAACAGACUUCUUUAAGGAAUUAAAGUUGACUAAUAGAGCCAAUAAAAGCCUCUUGGAAAAACUGGUCUUGUACCUUGUGUAUGAAGUCCCUGUAUAGGGUUCCUGACCUGUGGUCACCAUGGGGACAGCCGCCCUGGGUCCCCUCUGGGCAGCGCUCCUGCUCUUUCUCCUGAUGUGUGAGAUCCCUAUGGUGGAGCUCACCUUUGACAGAGCUGUGGCCAGCGGCUGCCAACGGUGCUGUGACUCUGAGGACCCCCUGGAUCCUGCCCAUGUGUCCUCAGCCUCUUCCUCCGGCCGCCCCCACGCCCUGCCUGAGAUCAGACCCUACAUUAACAUCACCAUCCUGAAGGGUGACAAAGGGGACCCAGGCCCAAUGGGCCUGCCAGGGCACAUGGGCAGGGAGGGUCCCCAAGGGGAGCCUGGCCCUCAGGGCAGCAAGGGUGACAAGGGGGAGAUGGGCAGCCCCGGCGCCCCGUGCCAGAAGCGCUUCUUCGCCUUCUCAGUGGGCCGCAAGACGGCCCUGCACAGCGGCGAGGACUUCCAGACACUGCUCUUUGAAAGGGUCUUUGUGAACCUUGAUGGGUGCUUUGACAUGGCGACCGGCCAGUUUGCUGCUCCCCUGCGUGGCAUCUACUUCUUCAGCCUCAAUGUGCACAGCUGGAAUUACAAGGAGACGUACGUGCACAUUAUGCACAACCAGAAGGAGGCUGUCAUCCUGUACGCGCAGCCCAGCGAGCGCAGCAUCAUGCAGAGCCAGAGUGUCAUGCUGGACCUGGCCUACGGGGACCGCGUCUGGGUGCGGCUCUUCAAGCGCCAGCGCGAGAACGCCAUCUACAGCAACGACUUCGACACCUACAUCACCUUCAGCGGCCACCUCAUCAAGGCCGAGGACGACUGAGGGCCUCUGGGCCACCCUCCCGGCUGGAGAGCUCAGGUGCUGGUCCCGUCCCCUGCAGGGCUCAGUUUGCACUGCUGUGAAGCAGGAAGGCCAGGGAGGUCCCCGGGGACCUGGCAUUCUGGGGAGAUCCUGCUUCUAUCUUGGCUGCCAUCGUCCCUCCCAGCCUAUUUCUGCUCCUCUCUUCUCUCUUGGACCUAUUUUAAGAAGCUUGCUAACCUAAAUAUUCUAGAACUUUCCCAGCCUCGUAGCCUAGCACUUCUCAAACUUGGAAAUGCAGGCGAAUCACCCGGGGUUCGUGUUAAAUGCAGGUUCUGAUUCAGCAGGUCUGAGUGGGUCCAGGAUUCUGUGUUUCUAACAUGUUCCUGGGUGAUGCUGAUGGGGUCAGUCUAUGAACCACACUGGAGCAACCAGGUUCUAGGACUUUCUCAAUAUUCUAGUACUUUCUGAACAUUCUGGAAUCCUCCCCACAUUCUAGAAUUCUCCCAACUUUUUUUUUUUUUUUUUUGAGAGAGUCUUGCUCUGUUGCCCAGGCUAGAGUGCAGUGGUGCAAUCUCAGUUCACUUCAACCUCUGCCUCCCGGGUUCAAGGGAUUCUUCUGCCUCAGCCUCCCUAGUGGCUGGGAUUACAGGCGCCUGCUACCAUGCCUGGCUAAUUUUUGUAUUUUUAGUAGAGAUGGGGUUUCACCAUAUUGGCCAGGCUGGUCUUGAACUCCUGACUUCAGGUGAUCCACCCGCCUCGGCCUCUCAAAAUGCUGGGAUUACAGGUGUGAGCCACCGUGCCUGGCCAAUUCCAACAUUCUUAAAUUCUCUCAUCCCUCCAGGGCUCCCUGUGCUAUGUUCUCUUUACCCCUUCCCCCUCUUCUCUUGCUCAGGCCUGCACCACUGCAGCCACCGUUCAUUUAUUCAUUCAUUAAACACUGAGCACUCACUCUGUGCCGGGUCCCGGGAAGGGUGAGGGGGUCAGACACAGGCCCUGCCCCUGCCCUCAGUGACUGGCCAGUCCAGCCCAGGCGGGGAGAGAUGUGUACAUAGGUUUUAAAGCAGACCCAGAGCUCAUGGGGGCCUGUGUUCUGGGUGUUCAGGUGCUGCUGGUCCUCCAUUACCCACUGCUCCCCAAGGCUGGUGGGACGGGGUCCUGGUGGCAGGGGCAGGUAUCUCCUUCCCAUUCCUCAUCCACCUGCCCAGUGCUCAUCGUUAAAGCAAACCCCAGGGGGCCUUGGCCAGGUCAAGGGUUCUGUGAGGAGAGGACCCAGGAGUGUGGGGGCAUUUGGGGGGUGAAGGGGCCCCCGAAGAAUGGAACCCACACCCAUAGCUCUCCCCACAGCUGAUACGGCAUCCUGUGAGAAGACCUGCCCUCCUCACUGGGAUCCCCUUCCUGCCUCCUCCCAGGGCUCUGCCAGGGCCUUGCUCAGUCCCUUCCACCAAAGUCAUCUGAACUUCAGUUUCCCCAGGGCCUCCAGCUGCCCUCAGACACUGAUGUCUGUCCCCAGGUGCUCUCUGCCCCUCAUGCCCCUCUCACCGGCCCAGUGCCCCGACUCUCCAGGCUUUAUCAAGGUGCUAAGGCCCGGGUGGGCAGCUCCUCGUCUCAGAGCCCUCCUCCGGCCUGGUGCUGCCUUUACAAACACCUGCAGGAGAAGGGCCACGGAAGCCCCAGGCUUUAGAGCCCUCAGCAGGUCUGGGGAGCUAAAGCAAAGGAGGGACCUCAGGCCUUCCGUUUCUUCUUCCAGGGUGGGGUGGCCUGGUGUCCCCCUAGCCUUCCAAACCCAGGUGGCCUGCCCUUCUCCCCAGAGGGAGGCGGCCUCCGCCCAUUGGUGCUCAUGCAGACUCUGGGGCUGAGGUGCCCUGGGGGGUGAUCUCUGGUGCUCACAGCCGAGGGAGCCGUGGCUCCAUGGCCAGAUGACGGAAACAGGGUCUGACCAAGUGCCAGGAAGACCUGUGCUAUAAACCACCCUGCCUGAUCCUGCCCCUGCCUGACCCCGCCACGCCCUGCUGUCCAGCAUGAUUAAAGAAUGCUGUCUCCUCUUGGC